AUCCUCUCAUCAUCCCAUGUUCUUCACCCUUACCCCAGAAUGCUCCGUCGAGCGAAGCACCUGAAGUCCCGUAUCAAGGAGCUCUUUCGGAAAGAAUCCGCAGCAGAGCUUGGCCAGCCCCAUGCGCAAGCGCAGGAUGCACCCGAGCGGGCCAUCCCUUCCCUACUGGCAAAGCGGGAUCUGUGGCUCGAGGCGUUCGAGAAGCUGCCCAAGGAUACACAGCGGCAGCUCCAACGGGACAACGCAACCCAAGGACCGCACAACCAACAAAUUCAAGAGCUCUUGAACCUUGUCAAGAAGAAGCAGGAGGAAUGCGAGAGGAAGUUCUGGAGGCUCCGCGUAGGCGACCAUGAGAUUGUCCUGCGUGAUUAUGCGGCCACCAUUGUCGGCUGUUGGCAGAAGAUUGGAGACAUCGCGAUCCAGUUUGCGCCGCCCCAGGCCAGCAUCCCAUGGUCUGCUGUCAAAGCCCUCUUGCAGAUUACGGUGACCGAGUCGGCACAGAUGUAUGCCCUGCUUGCCAGUGCGGACCGUAUAGUCCGCGUCAUCAACCGCGGUCAGAUAUACGAGCUUGUAUACACAACCGAGACCACGCCGGAGCUUGCCCUCAACAACCUUCAGGCUGCCUUGAUCGAUCUGUAUAGCGCCGCGCUCGAACUACUUGCGAACUCGACGAAGCUCCUCGACAAGAGCACAAUCACCCGGACUCUUCACUCAAUGUUGCAUCCCGGAGAAACCGUGGACUUGUUUUCGAAUCUGGUCAAGCACGAGUCAGAGCUCGCCCGAGAAGCUCAGGCAUGCGAAAGCCGCCGGAGGGCUGAUGCCGAUGCCAGUUUGAUGCGUCUCCUGCGGGAGCUUGAGGUCCCGCUAACCCGUGUCGACGACAAGGUCAGCAGCCUCCUUGAACGGAUCGACGACAGCGAGCGGCUCGCGAUCCUGGAAUGGAUCUCAGCCGUACCAUACCGCAAGCACCACAACACAGUAAAAGAGGAUCGGACGCCCGGAACCUGCCAAUGGUUGCUACGGCAUCCAAGGUUCUACGAGUGGGCUGAUGCUAGUUCUUCUGUCAUCCUGUGGCUCCAGGGGUCUCCUGGCGCCGGAAAGACAUUCCUCACGUCAGCAGUCAUCGAUCACGUCGAGGGCAUCCUCAGCUCGUCGCCGAACCACGAAGGUUUCGCGUUCUUCUACUGCAACCGGCACGAAACGCACCGCCGGGAGCCUCUUUCCGUCCUUCGAAGCUACGUCCGUCAACUGUCGACGACCGCGUUCAAUCCCGAAAGCAUGCGAGCGAAGCUCAGAAGCCUCUGCCAAGAGACCAGGCUAAAGGGUGCACAUCUCACAUUGGCGACAUGUCAAGACCAGCUCUUGGAGUCGGUCAACCUGUAUCCCCAAACCACUCUCGUGCUCGACGCGUUGGACGAGUGCGAGCCAGAGACACGGGCGCGUCUCAUUGACACCAUCGAGUUCCUGUUGAAGAAUUCCGAACGGCCGCUCAAGGUUUUCAUUUCCAGCCGGCCCGACGUCGACAUCAGGGAUCGCUUGCUCUCACAGCCGAACAUCGAGAUCCGAGCCACCGAUAACCAGGAUGACAUCGCGAAGUUUGUCAACGAGGAAAUCAUCAAGCACCGACGUUGGGGGAAAAUAGCUGCGCCGCUGCGGACAAGGAUAGUCGACACGCUCUUAGACCGCAGCCAGGGAAUGUUCCAAUGGGCCUCCUUGCAGAUCAAGCAGCUGCUCGAGCUGCAGACCCAAGCAGCUAUAACAGACCGGCUUGGCAAGCUCCCCAUCGAUCUCGAGGCCGCCUACGACGAAAUCUACGGCAAAAUCGCGGCCCGAAACGAGCAUGAUAAGGCCAUAGCGGACCGGGCCUUUAUGUGGGUGAUGUGUGCCAACCCACCGCUCCGCAGCGCCGAUCUCCUCAGCGCCAUCCGCCUGGACCCCGAAAACGACGCGGUGCAAUUUUCCGAUGACGAGCUGGACGAGAAUCUCCUGGCCGAUAUCUGCAACAAUCUGCUUGUUUUGGAUUCUCAGCGGCGCGUCUGGCGGUUCUCCCACCUGUCUGUUGCCGAGUAUUUCGAAAAGAAUCAUUGGAGCCUUCGACAGGCUCAUUGCCACGCAGCCGCGGCCUGUCUGAUGCUGCUCAUGAUGAACAAGGUUGACAGUUCCGGUUAUUGGUCUGGGAGACGCGAGGGUGCGUGGGAAUGGGGACCACAUCCACGCAGCAUUCUUCACCCGGACCACCUAUUCCAGCGCUAUUGUUGCCAUCAUUGGAUCACCCACGUCCAGGCACAGGAAGGUUCAGAGGUCGAUCCCCGGUUGGCUCGUCGUCUGAAGGCGUUCCUCGGGUCUCCGAGCAGAAGCAGUGCGCAAUAUCGAGCAUGGCAGCUCCAAACUGCCGGCGACAGUGCCUUUCACAACGGGUGGUCGCCCGCGAGGUCCAAUCUUGUCAUACUUCUGAGUGACCACUUCCCGCCGGAUUCGGGCCCCAUGUUCACCAUUUGCCGCUUCGGAUUCUAUUCAGUUCUCUCCGACUGGUGGGCCAACGAAGAAAUGCCGCUUUCGCUGACAACCAAACAAGGCGACAACCUCCUCACGCUUGCCGCCGUGGGUGGCCACAAGCCAAUCAUCGAGGCACUUCUGAGACGGGGAAUGAAGCUCAACACGCCACUUAAUAAUAAGUGGGGAAGUGCUCUUGCCACUGUGGUGGCCCACGGAUCGCUCGAGAUUGUGCAGUUCCUUGUCGAAAAGGGGGCCGAUGUCAACAUGCCGCUUCACACUGGGGAUUACGGUAGCGCUCUAGCGGCUGCGGCUAGUUAUUCGGGGGACAUCAAGACCAUCGAGUUCUUGCUCGAAAAGGGGGCCGACGUCAACAUGCCGCUACCUACUGGGGAUUACGGUAGCGCUCUUGCGGCCGCGGCUUGCUCAGCAGGCACCGAUGUCGUCAGGUUUUUAGUCGAGAAGGGGGCUGAUGUCAAUAUGCCGCUUCAGAUUGGGAAUUACGGCAGCGCUCUUGCGGCAGCGGUUGCUCUUGCGGCCGCAGCUUGCUCAGGAUAUACCGAGGUCGUCAGGUUCUUAGUCGAGAAGGGGGCUGAUGUCAAUAUGCCGCUUCAGACUGGGCGUUACGGUAGCGCUCUUGCGGCUGCGGCUUGCGAGGGAUAUCCCAAGGUCGUUGGGCUCCUACUCGAGAAGGGGGCUGAUGUCAAUAUGCCGCUUCAGGCUGGGCCUUAUGGCAGUGCUCUUGAAGCCGCGGCUGAUAAGGGGCAAGCAGCGUGCGUUGAAAUUUUGGUUGAAGCCGGGGCGCGCCAAACCUAUGGGCUCAACACGCGCACUGACAAGGUGCGGGAGUAUGCGCCAGUUGCCUAG